AUGGACUCCUGUCCUGCGCACAAUAAGAUCGACAACCCCGAUUCUGCCUUCAAUUAUCGCGACACCUGGAAGUUCCUCACAAUCCAACGCCUGCCCAAGAAUUCAACCUCUGUCACGCAACCACUCGACGCCGGCAUCAUCAGCGUCUUCAAACGAGCGCUAUUGGAUCUUCUCAGUCGGGAAACAAGUCUUGUUAGAACCUACGACAGAGGCAAGGCAAUCAGCAACGGUCAUGCAUGGUCACUUGUUCCGUUCGCAUGGAACAAAGUCAAGGCAUCAACUGUUCGAAAUUGCUUUGCAAAAACUCCUGUUCUCCCGGAUGAGAUGCGCCUGCAACUACGACAACGACCAACAGCACCUCAGGAACAGCGGGAGAAUAUUCAGUACUCGCGGCGCAACGAUUACGAGGACGAGGCACGCGCGUACUUUGAGCAUCUAAUUGCCGAGGUGAACGAAGCCAGUGACUGGAAAUGGGCGUUCAAACCACAAGGGACAAAGGAUGUACAAGACCUUGCCGACGAGUCAUUGGCAGCCGAACCUGCAGUGGAGGAGGUGGUUAACGAGCCGGUCCUGUUACCUGUCUCGAGUCCGUCUUCCCCACUGCCAUACGAUACCGACGAGCGGGCAAGCUCUCCUCUAGCCGAGGACGUCUAUGCGAGAGGCAUGAAGGUCCUAAAGGAAAGGGCGCCAGCGCUCGGUCUGAUGAGCGUUGACGAACUCAAGGCAACAAGACGGCUAUUGGGCGGUGGAUCGGCGGAGGAGGUCAAGCUCAGCAAGGUGCUGAAGGAUGUUUUGCGCUCCUAUGGCAAAGCUGAGAAUCUGGGAGGACCUGUGGAACGGUCAGUGGUACAGCCAGUCACUCAACCGUUGCAUCCAACACUCACGGACAGUGACAACCCUUAUCCUAGCCUCACCAACUCGAGCAAAACCCCCUACAGCAUCUACGACGGUAGCGACACGGAAUAUGUGGUGGAUGAGAAGCAAUAUGGUCAAGGAGAAGAUGAAGGCACUGAGGAGAGUGACGAAGAGGAUGACGAGGAGAAGCAGUGGAUGGAGAAAGAAUUACUUGAGAUACAGUAUCGAGAGGAUGGGGAGGAGGAGGAGGAGGAAGAAGAGUUGCUGCUGCGUCGUCGUGAUCGAGGCGUGAUUAUUGCACCUUUUGCUGAAGAGGAAGAACACACUGCUGACUACAGCAACUACAGUGGCCACGCUGGCGAUGAAAGCAAUAGUGACAGUGACUACGACAACAGCAACAACAUCGACAACAUCGACAACAAUAACAACAAUAACAACAAGAAAUAG